CGACGAUAUAGCCAUUCGCUCGUUCGCCGGCAUUCACGCCUGGCGCAUGCUACUUGCCUCGGCAUAGCGCGUACCAUCUCCUGACUUUACCAUCAAUGGUGGUUGUGGCAAAUUUUCCAGAACUUCGAAAAUCGUUUGAAAUCCACUUCAUAAGAAUAUAUAGCCAUGGACAAGGAAAAAGCAUUGGAGGAAAUGAUGGGGAAACUCGGAGACUUCGGACGGUACCAGGCCUUCCAAUUCACGCUUCACAUCCUGGCUGCGUUCACAGCGGGCAUGCACAUGUUGUCCUUAGUAACAGUUGCUGCGGUGCCGGAUCAUAGGUGCUGGAUCGACGGUGUAGACACAAACGACUCUAUCGCAUCAUGGAACUCGUCAAGCAUAUUAGCGGCUAUACCCUUGACAUCAAUGGGGAGUCUAGACUCAUGUCAUAUGUAUGUUAACGCUAGUUCUGAGAGCAACGCGACCAUGACUUGUACAAAAUGGGUGUUCGAUUCAAAAUACAGGACGUCUUCGCGAGCUAUUGAAUGGGAGCUGGUAUGUGAUCGCAGGUGGAUGGGAUCUCUGGCGCAAACCAUCUACAUGUUAGGAGUCUUCACUGGGGCUGUGGUACUCGGAGGGUUAGCGGAUAAAGUAGGUAGAAAACCAAUAUUUUGUUGGUCAGGAGUUUUGCAAUUAAUUUUUGGUAUACUCGUGGCUUUUAUGCCAGAAUACUGGUCAUUUGUGGGUAUUCGAUUUCUGUAUGGAAUAUUUGGGUCAGCCGGAUCUUACAUUACUGGAUUUGUAUUAACCAUGGAAAUAGUAGGCCCUACUAAGAGAACCAUUUGUGGGGUAGCGUUUCAAGCUGCAUUUGCAGCAGGUAUAAUUUUGGUAGCAGGGUGGGGUGCAAUAAUUGAUGAUAAGCAAGUUCUUCAAAUUAUAUACGGAUUACAUAGUGUUUUAUUAAUUCCACACAUUUGGAUAAUGGAUGAAUCGCCUCGCUGGCUGUGGACUCAAGGGAGAGUGAAGGAAUCCGUAGACAUACUUGAAAAAGCCCUGAAGUUCAAUAAAUCUGAGUUCACGAUAGAUAGAGCGGAUAUAGUAUCAAGAGGUAGGGCCGAAGCUUCUAAAGGUUCUGAGAAACCCAUUUCUGCAGGGACUUUAGACUUAUUCAAAACGCCAAACUUAAGAAAUAAAACUUUAAACGUCUGCUUGUGCUGGUUUGCAAAUUCUAUAGCUUAUUAUGGCCUCACUUUGAGUACUGGUAAGAUGGAAGGAAAUCCAUACUUAAUCACGGCGGUAAUGGGGUUUGUUGAAUUGCCGAGCUACAUAGCUGUUAUUUAUUUCCUUGAUGUCUGGGGACGCAGACCUCUAAUAAGCUCUAUGAUGUUAGUGGGCGGAGCAGCCUGCAUUCUUGGUUCAAUUAUUGGUCCUGGUAAUAUUUGGGCUACAGUCGUAGUCGUAUCGGGCAAAUUAUUUAUUGCUGGUUCCUUUGCUAUUAUAUAUAAUUUUUCUGCAGAAUUGUUCCCUACGGUAGUGAGAAAUUCAGCUAUGGGGCUGGGUUCAAUGUGUGCCAGAAUUUCGGGGGCUUUAACACCUUUGAUAACGUUACUAGAUUCCUUCGAUCCAAAAAUACCAACGGUGACUUUCGGUGUUGUAACAAUUGUUUCGGGAUGUUUGUGUUUAUUCUUGCCUGAAACUAUGAACCAGCCGAUGCCGCAGACUAUAUUAGACGGGGAGAACUUUGGAAAAGGGGAUACGUGUUUCAAGAGUUGUAUAGGGAAAAGACGUAGAACACAUAUUGUGGACGAUAAAACUCCAGAUGUAAUGGUUCCCCUGGAAGAUGUCACUCGAAAGGGAUGAUAGUAAAGUUUAUCGAAUUUCAGCCUUAAGAGUGUACGUGAUAUGACCCUUUAAAUAAUCUUACUGUGCAUAAAUAAUACUUUAAAUUAAUUAUAUUUCAAAGAGAAAUCAAAUAACUUAUGACUAUUUAUACGAAUGUACAUAAAAUAAUGUUAAAAACAUAGAUAAUAAUUGUUUAGGUAAGUUAGGUAUUUAAGUACUAGACUAUUAUAAGUAUCGUUAAGUUAAAGACGUUUAUUAAAACUCAAUAUUUAAUUUUAUAUUUACAUCAAACAAUAAAUAUUGAAAUCACAGUGAGAUUUGAAAACACCCAUAGAUAAGAUACACCAACGUAUGAACAUACAUUGAAUAUCCGAUGUUUUAACAAUUUAUAAUAAUGUACGUACCUAUGUAAUGUAAUAUGUAGUUUAAGCAUGGUAUUAAGAAUAUGAGGUGAAAAGUUUUUUACACAGGGUAGUGCUCUUGUUAGUAGUGGUUAGAGUUUUAUACACUUAAUGGUCCAAUUAAAGGGGGACAUCGAAUAAGACGAAUAGCCAGUUAGAGCACAUCAAGUACACAGUUGUAUAAACAUCAAUAAUGUUAAGUAGUCAUAUAAUGUACACAAAUCUUAAUAUCAUGACACGCUUACUAAACAUACUACAUACCGAUCACCAUCGAAUACCGACAGAUUAUCCCUUUGGAUUAACAUUGAAUGUUAGCCCGCAAUCUACGAGUUCUUUAUGUAAAUAUAGCUGUGUAUUAUACCCUAAUAAAUUCGCACCCGACUUACUACGUGCAAACAGGUGAUAUAGAACUACUAAUAAUUAUAUUUCAACUGCCAUUCGAUUGUUAAAUACUUACGUUCAAUUGCAUAAACGUCCAUUAACUUUAAUAAUUAAUUAUGUAACACGCUGUCUUACGUUUUGCUCUGAUAAAGUUAAGGGCAGUAUAGUAGCUAAUGAGUUAAUGACACACUAAAUUUAAAGAACGUUUUUGCAAUUCCCUGUGAAUCGAUUAAUUUAUAAACAUGUAAGUACAUCACAGAAAAUAUACAGCAUUGCACGGAUACUUGAAACAUGUAUUAUUAAAUACCUUCCUUAACACCAACAUCCGUAAGUACUCGAUAAAUGGUAUGGAGGUGAUUUAGUGCACGUAACAAUAUAAUAUACGAAAUCUGAUAGAUAACUGAAAGGACAUCUACUCCAAAUUCUUAAGGUUCCAAACAAUGCUUACUACUUUCCACAACCAUUUGUCUGGAAAUAACCAAGUAUAUAAUUUUAUUUAAUACA